UGACAAGUAUCCUGGUACUCUGGUAGUAGUCUGUGGGUGUUGAAAUUUCAUGAUGUGAAAUGGAUAUGCAUUCGUUAUCAGGGGUACUUCGGUACAAGUGGCAAGACGACGCAAAGGUGACGUCAUUUUUUUUCAUUGAAAUAGGGGUAUUAUAGAGUUAAACGACACAAACGCUCUUUUAUACUCUUCAUCUGCGUUCCCAUUUUUUCUUCAAUUAUUCAAAACUCAUAUGGCGCCGCCACUGGUCAACGAUAGACCUAAUUGUGGGCAUCGUAGCUUCAUCACAUUUGUUAAACUAAUUUUAUCACGAUGGAGGUGUCCGUUUUCUAUCAGCUGUUAUUUCUUUCUCUUUGCAGACAGUUUGUAAGUGGACAUAAUUUAUUGAUGAAUGCUAUCUUUGGAGAGGGAAGUCAUUUUCUAUGUUCUGCUUAUGUAGGUGAACGCUUGGUUCAACAAGGGCAUAAUGUAACGUUUCUCAUCAGCAAUGCCUACGCCCAUCAUGCAAAUGACACCAAGUUUUCUCAUUUCUUCCAUUUUGAAAUAUUCCAACAUGCUGAUUCGGUGGAAGCAGUUCACGAUCUCUACGACGGACUCAGUAAUCGCGUCUUCAAGUCUCAUAUGAAGUCCACCGGCAUCAUGACCGAGGGUCCGGUAGCAGACUGCGAAGCAUUACUAGCUGAUGUUCAUAUCAUGUCUCGUCUCCGGAGUGCCAACUUCACCGCCGUUAUUUAUGAUAUCACAUGGUUGUGCCCCUUGCUCAUAGCAAAACAUCUCGACAUACCUUAUGUCACCCAGUCAGCUCUAUCAUCACCCUGCAGGAUCACUGGUUGGUCGACCACGCCCUUUUCAUUGGCCUCCAUCCCAGUACCACGUACUGGCCUAUCCAACAAGAUGAAUUUCGUUGGUCGCAUGGUAAACCUCUUUUCUCAUAUCCGGAUGCAAUUCUUCUACGAAUUCUCUUUUCGUCAAUAUGAAAAUAUAAAAAACAAAUACAACAUCGCCCUGCACACAUCUAUCCCGCAGCUGAUAGCUCAGACUGAACUUUUCUUGGUCAAUACCGAUUUUUCAGUCGAAUUUCCUUGUGCCUUACCACCCAAUGUGAUUCCCGUUGGGGGCCUCACAACCAGACCUUCAAAUCAACUUCCGAUUGACAUUGAAGAUUUCGUCCAGAGCUCUGGAAAUCAUGGUGUCAUUGUCUGCACUACCGGUACCUACCUCACUUCGAUUCCUGCACAUGUUUUUGAACAUCUCAUGAAUGCUUUUGGUCGUCUACCACAAAAAGUCAUCUUUCAACUGCGUAACAUUCCAUCGGGUAUGAACUUGUCUUCCAAUGUUUAUAGCUUACCAUGGGUACCUCAGAACGAUCUCCUUGGUCACCCAAAGACACGCGCCCUCUUGUUUCACGGAGGAAACAACGGGUUCUACGAAGCCAUCUAUCAUGCGGUACCGAUGAUCGUCUUCCCACUCUACAGCGACCAGUACGAUACUGCGGCCAAGGUAGAGUCGCAUGGAAUAGGCAUUGUCAUCGAUAAGUUCAACCUUACAGAAGACACCAUAUACAGCGCCCUUAAUGAAAUCAUGACAAAAGUCUCUUACAAGAAUAAUAUCCAGCGCUUGUCUGCCAUGUUCCAUGACAAACCGAUGACCCCAGUCGAUAAGGCAGUUUAUUGGAUUGAUCAUGUUCUUCAACAUGGCGGAAACCAAUAUCGCAUACCUUAUGAAGAUUUAAAACUUGUUGAACGCAAUCUGAUAGAUGUUUUACUUUUCAUCGUAAUAAUCAUUGUUUUUAGUCUGUUUGUCCUUAUGAUGUUUGCAAAAUUCCUGUUUACGAUUACUUUUCAUCUAAUAUCCGAUUUCCCUAAAGUUAAAGAUGAGUAAAAUGAUACAGGUACAUUCAGACAAUCAGACUCAGGAGUUGAUGAUUGCGAUAUCAUGCAUGCAUGAUCCAAAAUACGAAUGACAGGUAAUACUUUAAAGUGUGUCGCCUCAGUCCAAUAUGUACAUAUUCUUUUUCUUGGGCAUUAAUUUGACAAUGUUCCGAGUAUUGGCGCUUCUCCUUUUUUGUCUCGCCCACCCACUAAGAGAUCCAAAUGUCGUCCGUCCGUCUGUCACAAACAUUAUGACACAU